AUGGAUCUAUCCCAAGUCCGAACAGACAUAGCCGAAAUGAAGAAUAGUAUUGAUUCUAAAUUAGAUGAUUUAGCUGGGAGAAUGAGCACUAUAGAGUCACGCGUCAGCGCGCUUGAAGACUGCAAAACGGAACUUGAUGACGUCAAAAAAACACUCAACGACAUCAUGACAGACUCUAGGAAAAAUGAGCAGUGGGUCCGGCGCUCAAAUAUUCAGAUUAACGGAGUUCCUGAAACAAAAGGAGAGAAUCUCUUCACUGUGAUAAACAGCUUAGCAGAAGCGUGCGGCUUUUCGUUGAACACGAAUACUGAUAUCGACUUUGUUACCCGGGUCGCCGUGAGAAACGAUACGGACAACUCCAAACCAAAGCCUAUUAUAGUGAAGAUGCAGGCUCGCUAUAAAAAGGAUGACUUUAUGGCGUGUCUGCGUAAACUGAAAAAUUUAAAAGCCGCUGACCUGGGUUACGGUGCUAGCCCGAAUAAAAUUUAUAUAAACGAUCACCUGUCCAGCUACAACAAAUUCCUUCUCAAAGAAGCGAAGCAACGGGCCGCUGCGAAAGAAUAUAAAUUCUGCUGGGUUCGUAACUGCACUGUCAUGGUUCGCCGCAACGAGAACUCGCCAAUUAUCUAUAUUACGUCUGAAGAUUCUUUAAACAAAAUUGUAUAA